AUGUUAAUAGAUUCAUUUAAUCAACUACUAGAUUGGUCAAAGAAUAUCAUAAAUUUUAAUUAUAUUACAUUAUCAUCAAUUUUUAAUUUUAUUUUACAAUUUAUAAUAUUUAAUAAUGAUAAAGUAGAAUCACUACGACAGGAACAACAACAAUCAGAAUUAAUAUCAACAUCAACCACAAUAAUAAAUAAUUUAAUAGCAUUUUCUACCACAACCAAAAUAUUAGAAUCCACAUCAUCUCCAACAACAAUAACACCUACAUUUAUACCGACAACCUCAACAUCCACAACAACAUCUACAACAAUUUUGAAUUUUUUUACUUCGUUAUUUUCAGAUACUAUUCCAACAAUCAUUAAAAGAUAUGAUCAUGCAAAUCAAAUAAAAAAAUUCACAGAUCAUCAAGCAUUUGUUCAGAGAGUUGUUGCUACAUCAUCUUCAUGUGCAUCAAUUGCAUCUGUAUUAAUUGCAAUGUUAUUUUUUAUAAGAAUUGAUCCUAAAAGAUUAGUAUUUCGUCAUCAUUUAAUUUUUUUUUUAUUAUUUUUUGAUUUAUUAAAAGCAGUUAUAUUAUUAAUUUAUCCAACAAGGGUAUUAACUCAUUCAACUUCCUAUUAUAAUAGAAAGUUUUGUCAAGUUGUUGGAUUUUUCACAGCUACUUCAAUUGAAGGUGCUGAUAUUGCAAUUUUAGCAUUUGCUUUACAUACUUAUUUAUUAAUUUUUAAACCAAAUUUAAAUACAAAAAUUUUAGGUACAAAUAGAGUUGAAGGUGGAUUAUAUAAACUAAGAUAUUUAGUUUAUUCAUUAUCAUUUUUUGUACCGAUUAUAUUAGCAAGUUUAGCAUUUAUAAAUGGAGUUGGUUAUGAUUCAUUAGUAUGUUGGUGUUAUUUACCAAUGAGACCUGUUUGGUAUAGACUUGUUUUAAGUUGGGUUCCAAGAUAUUGUAUUGUUGUUUUAAUAUUUGCAAUUUAUGGAUUAAUUUAUUUUAAAGUUGUUCAAGAAUUUAAACUAUUAGGUGGUGCUUUUACUAAUAUACAUCAAAGAAAUGCUGGACAUUUAAAUAAUAAUCAACCUUCAUUUUGGUCAUCUUUAAAAUUCUUUUUAGGAAAUAUUAAAGAUCAUUUAUUCCCUAAAAUGACUAUAUCAAGUAAAUCAAUUAAAGCUAUACAACUGAGAAAUUCAAGUAGACUACAUCAGCAGCAGUCACUGUCGCAACAACUGCAACAACCAAGUAAUUUAGAAGGAGGUAACGUAACAAAUGACAAUUAUUUCGUGAAUAAUCAAUAUAAUUUUAAUGAUGAUUUCAAUGAUGAUGAUGACGACACAGGAGAUAUAACUGAGCUGGAUUCAGGAGAUGUUGAUGAUUUAGAAGAAUUAGAAAUUAAACAUUUUGAUAAUACAGAUGAUAUAAAUAAUAAUUUACAUUUUCAAAAAAGACAAAAAAUUAUACAUAAACAAAUGAAAAAAAUAUUUGUUUAUCCUUUUGCUUAUUGUUUCUUAUGGUUAUUUCCAUUUAUAUUGCAAGCAACUCAAUUUAAUUAUGAAGUUUAUCAUAGACCUAUAUAUUGGUUAAAUGUAUUAGGUGCAUUUUUUCAACCAUUAAAUGGAGUAGUUGAUUCUGCUGUAUUUUUUUAUAGAGAAAGACCAUGGAAAUAUACAACAUCAAGAAUAAGAGCAAAAGAAUUACAAGAAAAAGAAGAAUUAGAUAAUAAAUAUGAAAAUUUGAAAUUAGACACCAACGUCAAUAAUAUUAAUAAUAAUAAUAAUAAUAAUAAUUUAUCACCAUUUGAACAAAAUGCUGCACCAAAUAAUUAUCAAAAUCAAAAUUACAUUAAAAAUAACUAUACUGAUUCAAUUGAUCAACCACCACCAACAGCAAAAACAUCGAACACUUUUAUGGGUGACUCAAAUGGUAAAAGUAGUAAUAAUGAAAAUGAAGAUGAAGAAGAAGACGAUGAUAAUGAAUUAGAUUUUUCACAAUUUUUAAAGUCUUAA